UCCUUUUUUGCAGUCUUUAUAAAGUGUUUUGUGCAUUUGAGGUGUUUAUCUAUUUCCUAGAAAGUUUAUAUUAUUAAACGCUAUCAUAUCUAUAUCAAUUUAAUUACAAUAGCAAUGAAUUGAAAAUAGCAAGAAUGCACAUUCUUGCAAAGAAUGAACAAUGAUUCCUAGAUCAGUUCGUUUGAAAACUGAAUCAUCUAGGAAGUCACAAAACGUCCAUAUUCAAAUUGGCAAAGAAAACCAAGAAAAUAUAUUAAAGCCAAUACGCUGCCAAAGGAUCCCAUUGAACGUGAUGAUGAUUCCAGGACAUCAACAACAGUGAAGACUGAAGGAUAUCAACAGUCUUCUGUAAUUGUGAAAAACAUUGGACCACUGUCAACAACCAAUCAUGUGACAGUUUACUGCAGAGGCAAAGGACCCAUGCAGUUUCCUAUAAACAACACACCUCAGCUCCCUAAUAGGCCGACCUCUUGCAAGCAGAGCAGCGAUUCCAUGGCGUCAAUGAAAGGCAAACCUUACCCAUAUUUCAGCAGAGUUGCUUGGGGACCAACCAGUAGGGAUCGACAAGCUCACCUGGAAAGAAGCUGGUAUCAAGGUCGACAGUGGGAGUACACGGAGGUGGGUCGCUAUUAUCUACAGAGGCCAGAGAGGCAUAGGGGCUUUGAAUUCUCUGUGAUGAGUUACAAUGUCCUUGCACAGAACCUUCUGGAGGACAACAGACUCUUGUAUGCCCACAGCUCUCCGUCUGCCCUCGACUGGAACAAAAGGAAAGAUCGCGUUCUAAAAGAGAUUGUCCAUCAUUUUGCAGACGUUAUAUGCUUGCAAGAGGUGGAAGAUGUUUGCUUCUUUGAUUUCUUUGAACCAGAGCUUGAGCAAGUUGGUUACAAAGGGCACUAUUUGAAGCGGACAGGUGAUAAAAGUGAUGGGUGUGCCACAUUCUACAAGCUCAGCAAGUUUUCCCUCUUAGAUGUAGUCGAAGUCCCAUACCAGAACAAUCACCACGCAAUCCUGGACCGAGACAAUGUUGGUCUGAUUGUGCGCUUAAAACCACUGGGACCUAAAGUUGACCCAAACAGAACUUUGGUUGUAUCCAAUACACACUUAUUGUUCAACCCACGCCGUGGUGACAUAAAACUUGCUCAGCUGAUGCUUCUACUUGCAGCAAUUGAUAAAUGUGCCUUUGACAGAAUGGAGAAUGGAAGUCCGCUGUAUCAAGCGGUGAUAAUGUGUGGGGAUUUCAACUCGCUGCCGCAUAGCGAGAUCUACAAGUUUCUGCACAUGGGGUGGCUGGACUAUGAAGGACUGCCUAUUAGCAAGAUGUCUGGUCAGGAAGAGGGAUUUCAUAAAAACUCUCAUCAGAAGGUUCACAGAAAGUUCUUUCCCAAGGAAAUCGGUAUUACGGAUAAUUGCCAGUAUGUUCAUGAGGUGAGAGCGCGGGACCAACAUCAUGAUCAUCAUCGGCAGCAACAUCAUCAUGAUCAUCAUCGGCAGCAACACCAGUCUUCAAGUGAAGUUCAGAGCAGUGGAACAUUGCAACACCAUUUGCGACUGAUAUCUGUGUACAAUCACUUUGUAAGGAGGCAUGGACAGUUGUAUCCGGAAGUCACCACACACCAUGGCCGAGCUGUCUGCACGGUGGACUACAUUUUCUAUGGAAUACGUUCUGCAUUGGUGCGAUUCUUCAAUGGCUGCGUAGAGACUGCCGAGGUUCAAGAAGGACAUUUGUGUUUACUUGGAAAGUAUGGACUGCUUACCGAUGGGGAUUUGCAAACAAUGGGAAGCCUGCCAAACCGAUAUUUUGGAUCUGACCAUUUGUCUGUUAUAGCACAGUUCUUGUUGACUUAACUUGUGAAGUUACAUGCUUUGAUUGACUGUAAAGCCAUUUGUUUAUGGUGUUAGUGUUUUUAUUUGCAUUUUGGUUCAACGCAAAAUAAUGCCUUAAUGUUUUUUUUCAAUAAUUAGUAAUCAUUUAGGUUGAGAAACUAGGUAUUGUCCAUCAUAGUUAUUUUUGUGGGACCAAUUGAAGUACAUGUAGAUUCAGUUCUUCGUCAGGAUUGGGAGCAUUAUGCUAAGGAUCCCUUUCACUUGAGAGGUAGAUUAAACAUUCGGUCAAUUAUUAGUUCCAAACAUAACAGCUGACCUAUUGAUUUCUCUAAAUAUCUUAAGUCACUCAAGUUAUGUGGAAGUUGAAAAUAACCAGGUUUUCCUUCUUUGGAUAUUUAAUAUAAUUACGGUAAUAUGGUUAUCUAAAAAACUUUUCUCAAAUAUUUAGUUAUUUCGAUGUGGUGAAAAUGUCUCGGGACCUAUUCAAACGAUCAUGCGAAGUUACGUUGAAUAUUUGGUAGUUCUGCAUACACAAGUAUACAGGAUCGCAAUUUUCAAGUGCCAUUAAAUGAACAUAGAUACUAAAGUCUGUUUUUUGACAAGUCAAUGUAACAAAUCUGACUGUAUAUUUGUGCAAGUAUUUUGAUUGAUUUGGAAUGCUUGAUACCAUUAAUAAUGUCAACUGAUAGUAAACAAACAUACUGGGUGGUUAUUUAAUCAAUCUUUUGAUUGUGAAUAAUUGGGUGGCCCAAGAACAGAUGUAGGGUUACAAUGUCAAAAAAGAUCACUUUUUCUUCAGAAUAAUGAAACAUAUAAACAAGUCAAUUUAACACAUUCAUGUUUAAAUUUAUUGAUCUCCACUGUAAUGUGUAUACAAACACUUCCCAAAUGUUGAUUUGUUUGUAAUUAUAUUUGAAAACAAG